AUGCUUCAAUGCCCAGCGACCCACAAGAUGCUGGUUCAAUCUCCUCGGAGCAGGCCCUGGAUGAGUCCGUGGACCCUCCAACACAAGCACACAGCACAGGGCCAGUCGUCUCCAGCCACUAAGCUGAACAUCAAGAACCUCCUCCUGGAGUUAAAACAAAUGUCUGUGGCCGAUAUGGACCUGAUGAAAACAGAGGUUCAGGUGGUGACUGCCCAUGUGCUGGCCUCCGAAGAAGACAUCAGGGAGGUACAACAAGAUGUUAAGGCCCUAAAGGAAGAUUUCCUCCACCACCAACCCUCCCACACAGCCCUGCUGACAAGAUUCGACAUGGCAGAGGACAGGAAUAGGCACAACAAUCUAAAGAUCAGGGGCAUACCAGACUCAAUUGGUCCUCAAUUGGUUACCUCAUUACCUCAGAAGGCUUGCAGCAGCACUGAUGCCCAUGCUCAGGCGAAGAAAAUAGCUUUCGAUGGCUUCUUCCAUGUAAACAAGCCCAGACAGGCACCUAAACCAGCCUCAAGCGAUGUGAUCAUGCAGUGCCAAAACCUGACAGACAGCAACGCAUCUCAGCUGUGGCGAAAGGCAAGACUCCAUUUGACUUUGAAUCCACACAGCUCUCGUUCUUUCAGGACCUUACAGGCAACACGCUACUAUGGAGACAAUCACUGAGGCCCGUAACAAGCCGGCUUCGGGACGAAGAGAUAAACUAGAGAUGGACAUUACCAAGAGCUCUGACAGUCGCCCACAAUGGCAUUACCUUGAAACUCACCACACUUUCCUGAAGCGGUCCCGUUCCUCCGCGCCUUGGGUCUUCCAGAGAGUUCAGACCCUCCAGAAAAUCCAACCACAUCAUACGCAUGGGACGCGUCAAGGACUGUACCUUUCAUUCCUCGACCGAGAGAAACCCUGUGAGCUACUUGACACACCAUGAUGCUAACAGCAGUGCUGUAUCAUUAUGUUGUAUUACGUCCUCCAAUUUACUCAAUUCUCUUAUGUUCUCUUUUGUUGUUUUACAAUGUUUCAGUUAAUUAAUGACCAAUGUAUUACAUAGCUUUAAUGCCAGUUAGAAAGCUAUAAACUACCAUGAGAGAGCUUAGACUCUCACUACCUGGGCCCACCUGAUCGUCUUACUACCCGACCUUCAAGCUCAGUCUAUGCCCUAUCAAUACAGGUCACCCCAUCUUGGCCAAAGCUCCACCAACAUCACACCCAGACUAGAAAAGGAGUGACUGGCCAACUAUACCUAGAAGGCAUUCACUCAUGGGGUGUCCGUACCGGUCAGCUAUGCCCAGGAAGAUUGUGUUCUCCCAUCCUCCCUACUACUUACGACUAG